CACCUUCCUCGACAGUGUACCUCCCUGGCGCCUCUGCACUGCGUACAUGUAUCCGACUCUCAUCUCCACAUCUUCUAGAAUGUAUCUCCUCGCAUUCGAUUGCGACAGUGUAGUUUCUAUAUCCAGACGCUCGAACACUAUUUAUCCUGAAUGGCUAUCACCUCCUCACCGCGUCGAUUCCAAAGAGCUGUGUGCACCGGAUGCAGCCAAAAUUCUCUUUUCUCGGGUCUCAUUGGGAGCUUCCGCUUUCAUAUACGCAUUUUAUCCAAUACUCAUGUCAUGAUUUCACACGUGCCGACAACCCUGCUUCCAGCACUCUGCUCAUCGUUCAUAUCAGUUUUCAGCUUCGCCAGCCCUAGGUUCAGGUUUCUUGUUCGUCAUUACCCUCCCAAAUCCAUCUUCAUUGGAAUCACGCACUACACAACUAGUGAUGCGAGACAAUCGUCGAUGUUACCAACCCUGGCAAGUUCUCGUCACAGCCUAAGCUAUGUGUUCAGUUGUCCAACGGCUGUCACUCCGGGUGUUUUGGAAUGCUAUCUCAUGGAAUAAAUACUUCCUGUGCUGCGUGAUCGACCCCCCAAGCACGAUCAUCGAUUAGGCUCAACAUGCUGAUGAAGGCGAAACGAUGAGCAAAAUUCUACGUCGUUGUCGUCGUAUGUAGAGCCACGCACACGCUA